AGCUGAGGAAAAGCUAAAAGCUGAAAAUGGAAAAUUUAUGGAGGAUAUAAAGCAGUUGAAAUGUGAAAAUGAAACACUUUCAUUGGAAAAUAAAAGGUUAGAAUCAAUAAUAGUUCAUGGAAAUUUCUAGCAAAAAUGAUGUAUGUUUAAUGUUUUACACGUGCUAAAAAUGUUGUUUUACUACAGUGGUGAACACUAGGGAGAGCCGGAGGGAGGGGGGUCCCUUCCCCCAAUAAAAGUUUGGUACCAAAUAUCACAAUUAACUAUACAAUGAUCAAGUGAGCCUUAAACAGUGUCCGCCACUGAUGUCUAUGCUGACUACAAAUGCAUAAUUUCAAAAAUCAAGUUUACUUUUCACCAAAAUAAUUAAGUAAACUUUACCAUUGGAAAGAUCAGCAAAAAGUAUAUAAUAUGAAACGUUUAAGCGAGUAGUGCGAAUUUUCAAGCUGGUUUUGCAUUAAAGGAGCUUAAUUAAAAGUAACUAUUAAUUAGCAUCAAUUAGCGCAUGCAUUUUCGAGCGUUAAAGGCUAUGAAAAUCGCGAACUUUGUGAACUUGAUUGCGAACUUUGUUGUAGUAUAUUUUUGUUAAAGGUAAACUUGAAGUUGAAAUUCUGCAUUUUUGUCAUAUAGUACUUUUUAUAGGUAAAAUUCUCAAAUUCUCAAAUUUUCAUCUAUAUUAAGCCAAGAGGCAAGACCAGAGUUGCCAAGGUUUACCAUGUUUAUAACUUUUUAUGCGCCUGAGACCGCCAAAAAUUGUCUGGAAAAUGUCUGCAUUUUCAGCCCUUUACUUUCAUGCAUUAAUGAUGACGAAAGUGAUUUGUAUAGUAUGGUAGUAUAUCUCAAAAUUUUGCUUCGUGUGUUGGGAGUUCCCUCGCAAUGCAAUAGCCGAAUGCGUAAAUACAUAAAAUAUGUAAAUAACAUAUCUUUUUCAGUAAACAUGUGAAUAUUUACAUAUUCUAGAUUGACAGAAAAAAUAAAGAACACGAAAGAAUUUGUCAAGGUUUAUUUUAAGGACCAGCUCAAUAGAAUAAAAGGUUUGUUUUAAUUGUGACUUAUAGGGCUUGCAAGCAGUUUAUAAACUUACGUUAAUAUGGGCAACCUUACUACUGUUAAGUCAGUGUUAUUCAACUAUUUCUAAUUUCCUAUACAUCACUAAGCAUUAAUUAUUCUCUAGAAAACCCUCGAACCUUUAAAACUACUUUUGUCUUAAAUGUAACUCUGUUCGUACAGUGUAGCUUGUCGUGUCCGAUAUCGUAUUGUUAUUGAAAUAUGAAUGUAGACAUUGUAUAUUGUGUAUUGUAUAUAUUGUAUAUUGUAUAUUAUAUAAUACCUUAUUAACUUCUAAUCGUUUAAUUGGCUGUUUAUGGUCACGUGAUAUUGAAUAGAAAAUUCCAUUUCCCAAGAGUGCAAUGGAACGCGUUCCAUUGCACUCUCCGCAAUAGUACAAUUGAAUAAAACGUAUAGUACAAUUGCACUCUUUGUGUUUUCGAUAAAUCGCAUCCCUCAAAAUGCUUCUCAUACGAAUCUAUUAGUCUGUUCUGGACUUUUGGUAUUAUAUGAAACAAAUAAUGAAUGUUUCUUCGUGCAAUGGUAAGAAUAUUUUCAUUCGGUGAAAGAUGGAAUGUUCCAUUCAACUCGGCUCAGUCGGCUGUCGCCUCGUUGAAUGGAACAUUCCAUCUUUCACCUCAUGAAAAUAUUCUUACCAUUGCACUCAUAAACAUUCAUUAUUUGUAUAUUGUAUAUUGUGUAUUGUAUAUAUUGAAUAUUGUAUAUUGUAUAUUGUAUGUUGUAUAUUGUAUAUUGUAUAUUGUAUGCAGAUAGUCACAUGUUGUUAAAUUAAGCCUGGUUUCCAUAUAUGGCCAUAACUGUCGCGAACGUGUUGUAACUGUCGUCAAAGACAAAGUAGUUUUUGCGACCAAAUGGAAACAUGACGAAAAGUCUUGUCGCGACAUGCUGGCGACAGUUCACGACAGUUGUCGUCGUGAUAGACUCGAGUUCUAUCUCGACGACAAUUGCGACAGGCUAAAAACGUGUCGUGACCGUUGUUUUUUAAUGGAAACAGAAAGACGACAGCAUGGCAACAGUUUGUCUUUUUAAGACUGGCGCCAGCUGCUUGUACGAUCCCUGGGUACGAAAUUAACUUGCGACAGUGUCACGACAGUUCCAAUCAUAUAGAAACAAGCAUAAAAAUCAUUCACGACAAACAUUUUACGACACGUUCGCGACAGUUACAACCAGAUGGACACUAGGCUUUAGAUUUCGUUAGGUUUACGGGAUAGGUUACUCGUUUUGUUCUAAUGUAAGUAUUUAUGUAAAUAAAUUUAUGCAAAUAUUCCUUAAUCUAGAAUUUCCUCAACAGUCAGAUGCAAUAGUAUUUACUGGUAUAUACUUCAUUUUCUUUUUAAUGAUUUCAGAGAUCGAAAAGAACGGCAUAUAUAAUGCGGAAACAUUUUCCUACCUCGUUGGUGACAUUGGAAGGUAGCCUUUUUAAAAAUUUUCACUGGGGGGGAGGCAAAAAUUGUCUGCCCAAAAGCGCGAGCUUAAUGGAAGUGAGAGUGUAUUUAUCACUAAUUAACUUUUAAUAUUUUACGGUAACUAUGAUUUUAAAUAUCCAAUUGUCCACAAAAUAUUUGAGACAAUUAAACCCCCCUCUCCUCAUUUCAAUGUUGCUUUGUGCUGUAUUGUUUAAUUCAAAUAUCAUACAUUAGAUUUUGACUGCCACUGAGACAGUUGCGAUUCUGGUGUCAAGAUUAUAGCCUUUCAACAUUGAAAUAGUUGCAAGGGGGAAUGGAUUCUUUUUUCUUUUCUUUUUUUUAUGCUAUACGUUUAUUCCAUCGAGGGGCAAAUCCGAUUCUUGGGGAGGGGGGCAACUGCCCACCUUGUAGUAUAGUUACAUAAAAGGGUUGUGACGAGCUAGAUGGCUAAAAUAUUGAAAUAUAUAAUAUCUACACCAUUCAACUGCUGUUCAUUUCUCUUUAUUUAGAAGCCUGUACAACACAACUCUUAAUGAAACCAACAACGACCCUACUACAAACAAGAAACCCUCUCAAGGAAGAUUAUCAACAAACAAAGAGAACAGACGAGCACGCUAUGAAGACGUUGUCGUUGAGCCGUCGAAAGAUUGCAGAAUCUCUUGCACAACAUCGAACAAAAACAACAAACAGACUACGAUAAACGUUGGAAAAUGGCAAGAUAUUUUUUAUAAUGGAAAAAGCAACAAUGAACAACAAUCAAAUAAAAAUAAACAAACGCUUGGUAGUACAGCAAAACCUUUUUCAAACCAAGAACAUUUCAAGAAUCUGAGGAUAGCCUCGAAUAAAAAUUUUGACCAAGAAAUUAAAAAUUCUAAACCUCAAGAAACUCAAAACUUUUUAGAUCCCGACUUAACUCUAUGUUUACCAAUUGGCCCCCCUUUCAAGUCAAGUACUCAAAUAGAAUCAGAUAAGAAUAAAGAAAAAUUUAACAACACCACACAAAAUCCCAGCAAAGAAAUUUUGAAAAAUCAAAAAGCAAUUCCAAACGCCGAAGACGGCCAGUUUUUGGAUCCCGAUAUGACCCUGCGUUCACCCAUUGGUCCACCUUCGAAGUCAAGUACCCCCCAGGGUCCCAGCUCUGGCGAACAACCGAAGAAAUUUACGCUAGCGUUCAGUCCCCCGCCGACUUCGCCGUCUCUCCUAAGCAAUGAGGAUAGCGAGAGACUUCGGUGUACAUUAUUGCCUCAGAUUAUUUCAAUGGAAGGCGAGGUUCCUGUGGAAACUCAGCCCAAGUCUCCUACUAUCCUCACUCGGUCACAUAGUUUCACAAGGACUACAAUUUUGGUGGCAGCGUCACCAGACCUUCGGACACCCAAGCGAAAGAGGAAUAAUAUGUCAUUCGGGUCGCUGUUAGCUUCAGAAAGUCCAGGGUCGAAACAAGUGAUAGUCAAUGAUAGUGCAGUUUUGGGCGAACAUCUAGGAACGAGGCUAUCUAGUGACGAUGAGAGCCGAAAUCAACCCUCUAAAGUAAGCCAAUAGUUAAAUGUAACUGGAUUUACAAUUUGGUGUGACCUUGCCACGGGGGUGAAAUUGUCAUCCCGCCUGCCCCUCCCCUGGAAAAAAUUCAGCCCAGUAAGGAAGUUGGUAUGGUAUGGUAUGGUAUGCUAUGCUAUGCUAUGCUAUGCUAUGCUAUGCUAUGUCAUGUCGCGCAGUUUGCGAUGAAAAGCCUUCAAAACCGAAAAACCUUUUGGCGUACCUCUCAAAAUUGCUUUAUUUUAGCUUUGUUCUCUAGUUUCUACUGUGAACUACCUUUUAAAAUGCGAUUAAAGUACAAUUGUCAAUGAUGGACGCCAUAUUUACAGCAAGAUAAGCAAAACUUACUGAACUUCAGACUUUAUUUUCUCUUUGGCGCCCCGCCUUUUAGCAUUAUUUUACAGAAAAAGGACUCAAAAUACUUUUUAAGUUUGUUCGCCGAUUGUGAAACGAAUGUAAUCAUAACCGCAAGUGGUAUAUUAUACUAAUUAAUUUUGAGUGCGUGUUACGUAACUAACAUACACACAAAAGGAUUUCGAAAUUAGGACUAACGACAUUGCCCAAGGACAAAUAGAUUCAAUUUUGGUUAACUUUAGGAAAAUUAGCUGCAGUCUCCAGGUGACCUCUAGUUUAUGAUGUAAAUUUUAUAUCUUUGUUUACGUAAAGUGGAUAUGUGUUAAAUUGUGAUUUGAAGUCGAACUCUGCCAAAAUGCGGAAAAUAUUAUAAUUAGAAUUGCUUCGUCUCUUAGGAUUUUAUUUCUCCCCUUCUCUCUCCGACUGGUAUUCCUGAAUUUAUGGAAAUUUAUUACUACAAUAUUUUGAUAUGUUGUUAAAUUAAUUUCGUUUCGACUUAUGUAUUUGUUCGUUUCUAGAUGCCAGCCAAGAACCAUACUCUUUCACCCGAUAUCAUAGUUUUGGACGACAGUGACUUCGCGAAGCCUAAUAGCACAGGUGUACCGAGAAAGAAAUCCAAAACUAGCGUUGCAAAUGAAUCCGCAUUGAACACGAGUAGUCUGUUGUUUUUCUCACCACAGACGAGUAAUAGUCCAGGUAUGCUCCCGUUUUUAAAGCUCAGAGGCGAUUAUACUAUCACCACGAGCGCAAGCCCUGGUAACAUCGUUUCUACCUCCGCCAGGAGUUGCGUACGCCAGGGUUCGCACAAAACUUGAAAGUCCUUGAAUGUCCUUGAAUUUGAAAACAAAAAUUCAAGGUCUUGAAUGUCUUGGAAUUUGUAAAGAAGUACUUGAAAGUCCUUGAAUUCUUCUCGCUUUAGUUUAUGGAUAUUUUCUGAAAUUGUUUGACGUUCAAAAACGGAUAUUUUGUUGAAUUGAUUUUGCAUGCUCGUAUGUGAAAAAGCUGUUUGAAAUUCACUAAAGUUACGUUUUGAACAAUUCAACGUCAUAUUGCACUGAUUUCUAACGCCUUCUUUUCAGUAUUUCGUCCUUGAAUUUGCUGAUACAUGGCCUUGAAUGUCUUCGGAAAGUCCUUGCAAAUGAAUUUGACUCUCUCUGCAUGACAUGUACGAAGCCUAGUACGCGUAUUGAGAGACAUACAACUACUUGAAAAAUACGAAGGAAACUGCAACGUUUCGACGAAGCGCAUUCACUCGGAACGUCGAAGUUCUGCUUGUAAUUUUCAGGCAGUUGUACCUCUAUCUAUCCGCCGUGGGUGUCAGAUGUUGGGAUCCAAGGUAACCAAGUUAGUUACCUGCACGUGAGUGGAGCUAACUGCAAACCUGGGUCAGAAGGUCUUGUGCAUGUUGGCAUAGUGGAACAUUUCAAUUUUUCCCAAUAUCAUGACCAGGCGACAAUUUAAAAAGUUCGCUCAAAAAGUUCCCCCGGUCUCCGUCGCAACCCGCAAGUUACGUUGACCCAAUCCGCAGAUAUCAUCGCUUAUCGCUAUCUGCACUCGGGAAAUAUUUUUUAUACAAGAAAGUUUGUUUCAUUUACUACCUGUGGGCAAACAAGGGAACAUUCGUGGAAUCUCAUGCACAUGUUCGAAUUGAUCAAGAUUUUGUAAUAUCUUAAUUAAACAAUAUUGUACUGAAUUAAUCGCAUUUUGAGCGUGCAAUUUGUAUAAUUUUAUGAUUUGUUUUACUUUGCAGUGCCCUCGUCGUCAAAAACUCUUCAAAGCGAUAAUGAAUCAAACGAAAUGCGUGGAAAUGAAGAGAUUGAUCAGGUAUUUAUUGUAAUUUAUGAUCUCCGAUGGGAGGGGGUGCCAUUCUAUUAAGAAAAGAGAUAACUAAACGCUAGCCUGGGCUAGUACUGUUAAAACUACCAUGAGCUUACAAUUAAUAAGGCGGGGGUUAACCCAAACUUUAAGCUGUUCAUUCAGAUAGGCAUAACACAUCAGGUUUUACUCUAAACCAUGACAAACUAUAUAUCAUAUGAAAGCUAAUGAAACAUAGAUUCUGAAAAUAUAAUUUAUAUUAUCAAUAAUUACAUUGUAACCCGACACCGGCUACCACAUGCUGUGAGUUCCCUAUCUUCCUUUGAGAAAAGAUUUAAGAUUGGGUAUUGCAUUAAAUUGCUUAUUUUUGACACAGUGGUUGGUCAAAGUUUGUGAACAAGAAAGUGGUCACGUUUUGAUUCAUAACUUCCUAAAAAUUAUACAUUUCAAAAAUCUCUAUGCUUAUCCAAGAAAGCUCUCUUAGAGCAACAAUUCCUGAAAAUUGCAUAACAAUUGAGCAAAUACUAGUCGAGUUAUCUUUUCUCAACUGCGAAAAACAGGUAUUUGGAGAAAAUCAACUUUAAAAGUUGCCAUGUCUUAAAAAGUGCAAUAGUAAAUAUUUGGACUGUGCAAGUCAUUAUUUCAUGCAUUAAAUGAAACAGGGGGUUGUUUAAAACCUUGCUGCUUCAAAACUGACUCCCUCAGCUUCAUGAAGAGCCUCUUCCCUUUGUAUCGGCAGGAAGGCGUGUCAUUCGCAACGUUUCAUUUGCUUCUGGUUGGCAUGAAAAUAGAUUUUCUUAACCUCUUCUUGUCACGUACAAAGGAAUUAUGCCUUGUAUCAGUUGUAUGGUGACCAGCAGGUAUGGAAAGUCCCUCCAUAAUCCUUUCUCUGCUUGCAGCACCACUACGGAUUUGGCAAAAAGCUGAAGCAACAGUACAGUGAACAGUGUGGAAGCUGUGAUGUUUAUGCUUUGGACAUCAAGCCGAUACGGGUUGAUACCAGGGGUUCAGGCAUUCAUUUGUGUUUUGAAGUUGUGCCAUGUACCCAUCUCUCAUGCAACUUUGUAUCACUCACUCAGUUAUACAAAAGUUGGCUUCAGCUCUUCUUGUUUACCUAAAAGUUCAAGGCAAAAUCUUAUUAGUUGAGGUGUAGGUUCGACAUAGCAGCCCAAGGCAUAUAUCAAAGGUGCACAAAAUUUAUAUAAUAAAUAAACAAAGCAAAAAUAGCUGAUAAAACUUACAGUAUGUAAGAAUUUCAUUUUAUCACUUAUACAAUGCCAAGAUAACAAACAAAUAUAAUAUUUGGGUGAUAGGGCAAACUGGC